GGCCAGGGUGUGAAAUUUGGAGUUGCCAACUGUCCAGAAGUGUUGUCUAUAAUGGCUACAUCACCUCCUCAAUCUCCGCUCUAUAAAUAUACAGUUUUUGAAGACAGCACAUACCAUGAAAUCAACAGAGGGAGAUCUUUGUUUUUAAACAAAUCUUAAUUUUUCUGUAAUUUUGGCUCCUUUUCCCUUUUAUCUCGCUAUCUAUGGUAUUUUUCGAUACCUUAUGUCUCGCUCUCUGUAAUUACAAACUCUUCCGCCAUUGGAUCCACCCUUCCUUCCCCUUCAGGCAAAGGGUCUGUCUGUUCCUGGGAUUACAUUCUUUUAUCUUUAGAUAUUGAGGGAGUGGUAUUGCUUGUGGAAAAUAGACCCUGGGAGGGAGAAGAAAAAAAUUUGCUGGGCAAUUAUUGCUUGGAUCUGUGUAAUGUAAGAAGAAGCCAGAGAAGCAGAAAAGGAGGUAUCCGAAUCGGAUUUGAGAUGUAUUGAAAGAUGUCUUCUUGAUGAUUUACGAACAAUUAAACCCUUAGUACAUAAUAUCCGUUUAGGAGGUAAUUUUGUAUGAUGGGAUGAGUUCAAACAUUGAAUUUGUGAAGCCAGUUUCGAGAUUUAUAGGAUAACAAGCAAGGAGAAGUUAAAUUGGUUUGGUGGUUCUUGGAUGGAUAAUAAAAGUGUCAAAAAUAAGAAUAUCGAAGUUGAUCUUGAAAGUGGAUUGCCACUAAUUGGAGACGAUUCAAAGAAAGCCUCUGCUCCAAGUGGUGCAAAACAAGGAAAGACAUUAUUUGCUAAGGUUUCUGGUGGGUUCGUUGGAGGUUCGUUCAAAGAUGAUGUUGUGCCAAAUUUAUUCCGCUAUGAAUCACAUUUUAGUGAAGUUUCUGGGGAUUUGAUGAAAGCAACAGGCAAUCCAUUGAUGGCGAAAGAUUUGGUAACAAGCAAACAAUUGAUGGCGAAAGAUUCGGAAAAACGGAAAAAGACCUGUAAUAAGAAGGCUCCGAAACCUCCAAGAUCUCCACAAGCUCCUUCAUUGGAUGCAGCUGACCUUAAGCUAAUCAGAGAGAUAUCUGAACUUGCCAUGUUGAAACGCGCGAGAAUAGAGCGAAUGAAAGCAUUGAAGAAGAUGAAAAUUGCUAAAUCAUCGUCAGGACCAUCAUCAUCUUCCAGUACCAGCAGCUUUUUGGCUAUGGUUUUCACUGUGGUCUUCUUUGUUGUGAUAAUAUUUCAAGGCGUGCCAUCUAGAACAAGCUCAGUGGCAAGUUUCCAGGGAUCUCCUGUGUCUACGGGAGAAUCAGAGGGAGGUCUAAUUUCAGUUCAGUACCAACUCAAUCCUUCUGCAAGCGAAUCAAAUGUUACUGCUUCAGAAUCUCAUAAUUUUGUACAGCAGGUGGCAGGUUCAGAUUUGCCUGAAAAAUCGAGAAGAGUUUCAGGAUAAUGCUGUUCCAUCAUAAAAAAGAAUAUAAUUUUCCUGUAUUUAAACCAAACGGUACUCUUGUUUCUCCUACAGCCUCUUUGUCUUGACUUUUAGAACAUAUAUUUAUUUAUAUACUGUUAACAUAUGUUAACUUAUCCCUGUUAUGUAUAUUAAUCAAUGCUUGGGGUGAGUUAAAUAACCAGAACGGUGCUGCUAGCGUUUUCCAUUGCCUUGGGCCAAACACGUGUUACUUUUCACGUCAGCAACUUUCUGUUUGGAGAUUAUUCUUUUGAAGCCGCGACCAAGCUUUCAAUGAUUCUAUUUAUUUGUUCUUCUGCUUUCUUUUGUUGUCACAAAGACAACUGGUAUGUAAUCAUGUGCUUUUUGUGACAAAUAUUUUACGUACAACAAGCAUAUUACACGACAGAGGGGGCUUCAUCAAUUACUUAUCUUUUCAGAACCAACAAUUCUGGUUCAGCCGUGUGGCAUUCUAACUUUCAAUUUUAAUAAUAAAAAGGUGUCAGGUGUGGCUCU